UGUCGCGAGCGCCGCACGCACACUAGCUCUCAGUCCUCUCGCAGCGGCCAACGGUACCGCAUGUGCCGCUAGCUGCUCCGCUACAAACAAACAGCCACGCGAGGAAACUUACCGUGCAGUGUUAUGAUGCAAACUUGUGUUGAUCGUGCCUGGACGGGGUGAAUUCUUUUAGACUGAACGCAAAGCAAGGAUUGAGUGCAGUGCUACUUAAAGCUCGAAGAUGCCGAAGAUCUUCCUGAUUAAGAAGCGGCUGCAUGAGCAGCAACUGGGGCUGCAGGAGGGGCAGGAGUUGCUCGCCAGCAAAGCCGACACGCUCUGCCCCGGCUCGCCUCUCGACGAUGGACCUAUUGCUCUAUUGUCCAAGAAGGAUAAGGAAUGCAUCGAUCGCGAUGUGUUCGGAGAAAGCAAUGGAUCAAGACUUAUGCAAGAACGUCGUACAAAAGAACCGAGAAGAUUCAUAUCAUCAAUACUCGGCGGCGAUAUUCCUUACGGAAGUCACAGGGGACAUGUCCUUACACAAGCUGAAAGAAAGCAGUAUUUGCCAGUUGAAGAAAAGAAGGGAGAUGAUAAACCUCUCAUUAAAGAAGAGAAAGAUCCUUUGGAAAGUGAACCUGUAGUCCUACCAUCCAGAAACUCUCCAUCACCAGAGUCCGUACCAUCUCCUAGUAUCGAUCAUAACGUAACAUGCCAAAAAGUAUCAGUUAUUCAAAGAACACCUUCACAGUCUCAGUUUCGCGAUGGCAAAAAAGAUUUGUCGGAUGUUACUAUCCCACCAACACUGCCUACACCGGAACCAGAACAGGACCAGCCAAUAGAUUACGCCAUAGCGAAAAAACGAGGAGAAUCUGAAGAUGAAGAGACAGAAAAAAAGAUAAGAGAACAAAGAAGAACAAGUAGUUCAAAAAUUGCUAACGGCAUCCUGGCUAGGCCAGUUUUGGUUUUGCGCAAUUGUCCAGGAAAUAAAAUUCCAGGAAUUAUUAAUGCCGCUGCAGGACAUGGUCGAUCUACUGGUGGCAAUGGAAACAAUUCUAGUUCACAGAGCAGUGGAGGUUCAGCAAACUUUAGUUCUGGUGGUGGAAGCACUGCCCCGACUUCUGGAGGAGGAGGUGCCCUCGGAGGUGGCUCUGGAAGUGGUGGAAACGGUCGAGAUGGACGAUCAAAUUAUGGACCCAACAGUCCACCGACAGGCAGUCUGCCACCUUUUUAUGAAACUCUAGGUCCUUCAACUAAAAGUGGCCAAAACUCAUUCAAUGCCAACAGUAACUUCUCCAAUGACUUUAAUAUGAUGAAUGGAUUUAACAUGGAAUGUGAAAAUAAUGAGAACACAACUAAUUUCCCUGAACAGGGUAAACAAUAUUCCUUGAUGCAGAAUGCACAUUACGGAUUAGCUUUAAAAGACGAGGAAAUAGACUAUGAGAAUAAGUUAGAAAAUUUAGGUGCAAUUGGUAACUACGGUAGUAAUUUCGAUGUUUCUAUGGUUGUCGAUAUGGGAGAAGACGUAAUAGAUAAUAUACAAUUUUCGACCACCUUAUCCUUUACCGGAUCAAACGAAGGAAUAUUAGGAAAUUUGUCUGAUUCUGCGGAAGACUUUGCCAAUUUAUUAAAUAACCAUGUUGAAUCUAUAACUGAUUCUGAAAUAAGAGAAUCUUCAUCGAUAACGCCAGACUCAGUUCACAAUCCAUCGGACAUCCCAUCUCUGGCAGAGCAAAUAAAUCUAAGCAGACAGUAUUACGAGAAAGCAAACUACUUAGCAUUCGCGAGUCAAGAGCAAAGCCCAUCGUACAAUUUUCCUAAAGAACGACCAGAUCUGUUAAUGCAUUUGAAUCCGGCGCUCCUUCAACACAAUGAAGGGCAGAUGCAGCAACUUCAAAUCCACGUGCAACUGCAGCAGAGACAACAAAUACUAUCUCCCGGUUUCCCCUUCCCUAGUCACUCACUGGAGCUGGAUUCGCCGACUGGCGUGUCGCUGCCUUCGCCCGGCGGGAACAACUCCUUGGACGGCAACAGCCACAUCGAGAGUUCAUCGCUCAGUCCUGCCGCCGCUGUAAGUCUGAAGAAAGGCUCUGUCGCCGAUAGCAAAAUUCAAAUCUUGCAGCAAAGGGUAACUUUAUCGAGUUUUCUCUUUUUAUGUUCCCUAGAAUCUCACUGCCUAAAAGUACAUGGCGUACAGCACACAUAUGCUUACAAAGAAAGAAGGACUAAGAUGUACGUGUGCGAAGAAUGCGGUCACACCACCUCAGAACCGGAGGAACAUUACAUGCACCUCAAGAAGCAACAUCCUUACUCGCCAGCGCUUCUGAAGUUCUACGACAAGCGGCAUUUUAAAUUCACGAACGCAUCGUUUGCCAAUCAACUGUUGGGACAAUUGCCGAUGCCGGUUCACAACUGAAUAUUAAAAAAUAUUUACGACUGAUGACAUAAAUUAAAAAUUAACUCAAUUUAAUGUUGAUAUCUCUAGGUACUUAAUAAUUUAUUAUUCGCUUUCCAAUUUGGAAACAUAACAAUUGUUAUGCGAUGUAUAACGAAUUUAUUCCGUCCGUUAUUAGUGACUCAAAUCGAAAUGAUUAAAUUGACUUUUAAAUUUCCCAGUGCUUUAUGAGAUCAAUGUGCACUUCUCUUAUUAGUAAUAAUUAACAUUGUCUUCCAAACUAAAUGCAAACAUUCCUCGUUUUAAAACAAUUCGUAAUAAUAUAUGGAACUUUAUUAAUUUAAAGUUCCCAAAAAUACCUUUAUUUUUUAACAGUCAAUUGAAAUUACACUGGCCUUAUAGUUAGGCAUGACUGCAAUUAAAAAAUCAAAGUAUCGGGUAUUAUGUGCAAUCUUUGGUGAUGGUACGGGAUUAUGUAUAAGUUUAGUUCGUAACAUAGGAUAAAGAUAGCUUUAGUUUUAAGGAUAUAUUUGAAGUUAUUAAAAUCGUAAUUGUGAGCUUGAUUUUAAUUCAGCGUUGGACUGCGUUGGUUACGUAUGGUGCUAGGCGAGGCGAGUGGCCGCUGACUUAAAAUGAAGCCGUUAUGGAUCGGA